AUGGGGUUUACGUUGAUUGUGAUUAUGAAACUAGUCAAUAUGUAGCUAGUAAACGAAGUAAAAAUACGAAUGAUUAUAUGUUUGAAGAAAAUAAGCUUCAAAUUGUAGAGUUCGUAUGCGAUAGUAAUGAUACUGAUCUUUGUGGUAAAGCAAGGAAUGCAUUUGAAAUUGCCGGUCUGAUAAUUACAAAAGCGUUCAUAUUUCAUAUUCCAGUUCUUGUAAAUGUUUCAUUUACCAAUUUUUGCAAAACUUUAAAUGUAUGCGGAGACGAAGCUCCCAUUGGUGGUGCAAAAUCAGCUAGGCAUAUAUUGAUGAGAGACGAUGAUGGGAUCGAUAGACUUUAUCCACAAGCACUUGUAAAACAAUAUAAAUUACAACCACAUCCUCAAUUUGCUCCUUAUGAUAUUAAGGCUGAUUUUAAUUCUGCAGCUAGUUGGUGGUUUAAAUCCGAUGGUAAACCAAUUCAAGGACAACAGAAAGACCUUGUUGAAAUUAUUCUUCACGAAUAUUUUCACGGAUUGGGCUUUAAAAGUAAUUGGGACGAUUGGACAGAUCCCCAAACAAGUCUCCAAGCUCUGUCCCCCUUGCCACUUUUUCGCUUGGAUUCACAAAAUUCCAGUUCAUUAAUAUUUGAUGGAUUUAAGGAGUCCGCUUUUGAUAAAUAUUUAAUACUACGUUCAAGCGGACAAAAUAUAUCAGAAUUUAAUACACAAUUAAAUUUUUUCGCUGGUGGACCUGGUGCAAAAUUCCAAAACAAGACUAAUUUUGAAAAUCAAUUUUAUAAUUCUACUCAAUAUAAUCAAAUUGCAAAACCAAUGUUUAUUAAUGCUCAAACUGCUAAAUCAUUGGGUUUUCUACCUCAUAAUAAGAAAACUAAAAAAAAAGCUGUCAUACUUGAAACUAGUUUAAUACCAUAUAGCCGUGGUUCUAGUAUAUCUCAUGUGGAUCUGAAGACUUAUGAAAAUACUAGCGAUUUUCUGAUGAAAUAUAGUAUUAAUUUGUUAGAUACUUUGGAUGGAGAUGUGGCAAAAGGUGGUAAUUUUUCUGGCGGACCUAUUGGGCCUCUUUUAAGAUCAAUUAUGGAAACACUUGGACCCACUCUUAUUACAUAA